UUCCUUUCGCCAUGCGGCUAUAAGCUAGCAUGCUGUUUCAAACCAUAAUGAUCAACAUGGUUAACAGGGAGAAAUACUCUAUUUCCACCUCUUACAAAGCCAGCUCUGUUGUCUUUGUUCUGUUUAACUGUUCAUAGGGUUUUAGCAUGGUUUGUGUUGGUUCCAAAACCCUAAAAUUCAGAAAAACUAAAUCCCAAAGCACAGAGGAGAUGAAAGAGCGGAGGAAUGAGCGAAAGGAGAGGAAGAAUGUGAGGAAUCAUUGGAAAGAGGGUUUCUCUAAAGUGAAAGAAAACCCUGCUUCAUUACCUUCUGGAAAGUCUUCUCUGAGUAAAAGAGUUGAUCCAGAGACAUCCAAGUACUUCUUGGAAAUUUCUUCUCUCUUAGAAGGAAAUGUGAAUGACCUUGAGGAACGAUCGGUAUUAUGUGGUAAUGCCCUAGAGGAGACAAGGGGAAAAGAGUUGCAGAUUGCUUCUGACAAGAUACUUAGCCAUGUAUUGGAAAUCCUACUUCAGAGCUGUAGUGUAGAUCAGCUUUGCAGUUUUCUUCUAAGUUGUGCCAAUGACUUUCCCUCUAUUGCAAUAGAUCAGUCUGGGUCCCAUGUUGCUGAAACAGCUUUUAAAGCUUUAGCUUUGUAUAUUCAGUAUAACAAUGCUGAUUCUGCUAUUGAACAAGUGUUACGUAAAAUAUGCCAGGUGGUUAUGGGGAAUACAGUGGAUGUGAUGUGCAGUAGCUAUGGAUCCCAUGUCAUGCGUAGCUUGCUUUGUCUUCUUAAGGGAGUACCCUUAGACUUUCUGGAGAACUUUCAUGUUACAAAAUCUGCCACUGUACUUGCAGAGCGUUUAAAGAGCAGUUCACGAAAAUCAGAUGGAGAACAUCUAGCUCAAAUGCAGCAGAGCUUUCCAGAUUUACUUAAGUUUCUAGUGAGAGGGAUGCUAAGCAAUGCUAGUGAGCAUAUGGAAACCUUGCGAGUUCAUAAUUUUGGUACUCUUGUCCUCCAGACCGUUUUGAAGCUAUUGGAGGGAGAUGACGAGGAAUUACUGCAUAUAAUACCCAUACUUUUAGGCUGCAAUGCCAGAGAUGUUACUUGGGAAGGGGAGAUAUUGAGCAUUGUGUCAUCGCAAACUGUAUUGGGCUUGAUAAAGGAUCCAGCUUUCAGCCAUUUGAUGGAGGUUAUUUUGGAAGUGGCACCUGACAGUCUCUACAGUGAGAUUUUUACAAAGGUAUUUCGGGGAUCCUUAUUUGACUUGUCAUGCCAUCAGUGCAGUAAUUUUGUCGUCCAAGCAUUGGCUUCUUCUACAAGACACCAAGGUCAAAUGAGUUUACUGUGGGAGGAACUUGGGCCGAAGUUCAAGGAGCUUCUUAAACUGAGGAAGUCAGGAGUAGUUGCUUGUCUUCUGGCUGGAUGCCUACGCCUUAAUACACUUGAAAAAGAGUGUUGCCAGGCCCUUGCUAAUGCUGUUUGUUUGGAGUCAGGAUCUACCAGUUGCAUUAUUCCACGUAUAUUUUUUCUUGAGAAUUACUUCUUUGAAGAAAAAUCAAACUGGAAUUGGCCAUUGGGUGAAAGGUUAUCGACUUUGGGUUGUUUGAUGCUUCAAAUCAUUUUCCGACUUCCAAGAGAGCAUACACAGCAAUAUACCUCAAGCCUUACAUCAAUGGAAUCCAUCCAUGUCCUUGAAACAGCAAAAGAUGCUGGAGGAAGUCGGGUUAUUGAGGCCUUUCUUUCUUCAGACGCUUCUGUGAAGCAAAAACAAAAAAUAGUUUCUAAGUUAAAGGGCCAUUUUGGAGAGCUUGCCAUGCAUCAAUCUGGUUGUUUCACAGUAGAGAAGUGCUUCAGUGCUGUUAACGUUCCUCUAAAAGAGGUUAUAUGUUCAGACUUGCUUUCUUUGCAAAAUGAACUCUCCAAGACCAAGCAUGGUCCUCAUCUCUUGAGAAAAUGUGAUGUGGCCAGGUAUUCCAAUAAACCUGAUCAAUGGAGGUCUGCACAGGCAUCAAAAGAAACCACUAAGAAAGAGUUUUUAGAUUUAUUCAGCUUCGAAACAAAGUCCAAAAAUGUAAACUACAAGGCUGCAGCACCUUCUGGUGUGAAGUCGCCUCAAGGUCCCAAGAAGAAAAGAAAGGGAGAUAUCAUGGAUUCUCUAAUUAAAGACGUUGAGAAGUCGAUGGCUAAGGUGAGCGGCCUGGGACAGAAGCGCCACAGGAGUGAGGACAAAGACAAUAAGGGAGCAAGUGAUUCCCUCGAGUAUUCAUCAGAUUCUACUAAAAAGAAGAGGAAAGAGAGAAACAAUGAUGGCCUGUCAAAUAGUUGCAGGAAACGGAAAGUUGCAUAAGAGAGAGUGUUGUAAAUUGCUUCGAUUUUGUUUUCUUUAAAAUUUUGUAAUAUUUCCUGUUGAUCCUGUACUUAUUCGGAAAAAAUUUUGGAUUAAUUUUGGAUUAUUAUAGAAAUUACUUCUAAUGAAUUAGUGGUUAGGGAA